UCUGUUUUAGAUUAUCCCUACUGUGUGGUACAUGAAUUACCUGAGCUGACAGCAGAGAGCCUGGAAGCUGGGGACAACAAUCAGUUUUGCUGGCGCAAUCUGUUUUCCUGCAUCAAUCUUCUUAGGAUACUAAAUAAGUUAACCAAGUGGAAACACUCCAGGACAAUGAUGUUGGUGGUAUUCAAGUCUGCUCCCAUUCUGAAACGAGCUCUCAAAGUUAAGCAAGCCAUGAUGCAGCUCUAUGUUCUGAAGCUUCUCAAGGUGCAGACAAAGUAUUUGGGGCGACAGUGGAGGAAGAGCAACAUGAAGACCAUGUCAGCAAUAUACCAGAAAGUGCGGCAUCGCCUCAACGAUGACUGGGCUUAUGGCAAUGGUAUGUCUUGGGUCUCACCCUUACGGUUUUCUUCAGACUUUUCAUGAACCUGCUUCACCUGUGUCAAGUCAAUAUCCCAUGAAGUAUUUGUCUUUAUUGAAAG